CUUCACUUGGCUCUCGCCCUCCGGCCGGGAAGCAUGGGGUCGCUCCGGCUCGUCUGCGCCUGGGUGAUCGUUGCCGGCUGUGGCUGGCGCUGCGCCUCGGGUGUGCCCGGAGAGGCCCAGCAGCCUGCGCCCGAGCUGGUGGAAGUGGAAGUGGGCGGGACGGCCCUCCUGAAGUGUGGCCCACCCCAUGCCCUGGGCAACCUCAGCCAGGUGGACUGGUUUUCUAUCCACAAGGAAAAGCAAACAGCCAUCUUCCAUGUGCGCCAGGGCCAGGGCCAGAGCGCCCACGGGGAGUAUGAGCACCGACUCAGCCUCCAGGGGCCAGGGGCGACCCUGGCCCUGCAUCAGGUGACCCCCCAUGAUGACCGGGUCUUCCUGUGUCAGAGCAAGAGCCCUCGGCUCCAGGAUCACCGCAUCCAGCUCCGUGUCUACAAAGCUCCAGAGGAGCCAACCAUUCAGGCCAAUGCUGUGGGCAUCCCCGUGGACAGUAGGGAGCCUGAGGAGGUUGCUACCUGCGUGGGGAGGAACGGGUACCCCAUUCCUCAAGUCGUCUGGUACAAGAACGGUCGGCCCCUGAGGGAGGAGAAGAACCGUGUGCAAAUUCAGUCAUCGCAGAUUGUGGAGUCGAACGGCUUAUACACCUUGCAGAGUGUUCUGAAGGCUCAGCUGGUUAAGGAGGACAAAGACGCCCAGUUUUACUGUGAGCUCAGCUACCGGCUGCCUAGUGGGAACCACAUGAAAGAAUCGAAGGAAGUCACCGUCCCUGUUUUCUACCCUGCUGAAAGAGUGUGGAUGGAAGUUGAGCCCGUGGGGGUGCUGAAGGAAGGGGACCGCGUGGAGAUCAGGUGUUUGGCAGAUGGCAACCCCCAGCCCCACUUCAACAUCAACAAGCAGAACCCCAGCACCAGGGAGAUGGAGGAAGAGAAAACCUUGGACGAUGGCAUCCUGAUCUUGGACCCCGCCCAGAAGCAGCACAGCGGGCUGUACGAAUGUCAGGGCCUGGACUUGGACACCAUGAUACCACUGAUGAGUGACCCCCAGGAGCUGCUGGUGAACUAUGUGUCGGACAUUCAGGUGAGUCCCGAAGCUCCUGAGGGCGUGGAAGGCAGCAGCCUCGAGCUGACCUGUGAGGCAGAGAGCAACAGGGAGCUGGAGUUCCAGUGGCUGAGAGAAAAGACUGGCCAGGUGUUGGAAAAGGGAUCUGUGCUCCGGUUUCCCAACCUGAGACGGGAGGCCGCAGGAGGCUACCUCUGCAUGGCGUCUGUCCCCAGUGUUCCUGGCCUGAACCGCACACAGCUGGUCAAUGUGGCCGUUUUUGGGCCCCCAUGGAUGGCACAAAAGCAGAGGAAGGUGUGGGUGAAAGAGAAUGCCACGGUCAGCCUGUCUUGUGAGGCCUCAGGACAUCCUCAGCCUACCAUCUUCUGGAAUGUGAAUGGCACGGCAAGUCAACAAGAACAGGAUCCGCAGACAGUACUGAGCACCCUGAAUGUCCUUGUGACCCCAGAGCUGCUGGCAACAGGCGCAGAAUGCACAGCCUCCAACUCCCUGGGAAUAAACACCACCCUCCUCGUCCUGGAGCUGGUCAGUUUAACCACCCUCACACCUGACUCCAACACAACCACUGGCCUCAGCACCACCAUGGUCAGUCCUCAUGCCAGAGCCAACAGCACCUCCACAGAGAAAAAGCUGCCAGAGCCCGAGAGCAAGGGCGUGGUCAUCGUGGCCGUGAUCGUGUGCAUCCUGGUCCUGGCCGUGCUGGGCGCUGUCCUCUACUUCUUCUACAAGAAGGGCAAGCUGCCCUGCGGGCGGUCAGGCAAACAAGAGAUCACGCUGCCCCCGUCUCGUAAGAGCGAAUUUGUAGUUGAAGUUAAGUCAGAUAAGCUCCCAGAAGAGAUGGGCCUUCUACAGGGCAGCAGCGGAGACAAGAGGGCUCCAGGCGACCAGGGAGAGAAAUACAUCGAUCUGAGGCAUUAGCCCCCGAGGUCACUCAGCUUCAUCCCCACCUGGAAGGUUUCCAGCUCCCUGCUCACUCUUCUCCCCAGCCGACACCCGCAAAAGGGAACACUGAGAGCACCCUGCUCCAGCUCACCUGCAGCUGCUCCGGAGGAGCGGGCUGGGGCCAACACCGUCUGGGGAAGGACCGCACUCCGCCCUGCAGGCUCUCAGGGUCCAGUCCACCUGCAUCGAGUGCUGACCAUCCCGGCAAGGGCCUCGGUCCCCAGGACUGGAGAGGAGGCUCUGCGUUUCCUCCUUACACACGCUAUGGCUGUCAACCUGUGUUCUGUCUGACAGCAGCGGGCUAGGGUGGCUCCUCUGAGCUGGUGUUCCGAGCAGCACUGCUCACCCCUGGCUCGAGUACCCUGCAGAGUUGCUCUUACUUCUCCAUCAGCCCCCUUUUUUGUCUUUGGACAGAAGCCAGGAGCUGGCAUCAUUGCUUCCAAGGUGCAUCCCUGCCCUGUGGUGAAAUUGGGCACAGCUUUCGAGGGAUCCAUCCAGCCCCUUGGGGUCAUGAGGCAACAGACGGGACAAAGAUGGCUCCCAGGUGACUUCCUCAUGUAUCGAAACCAGUCACAUGGUCACCAAAUUUCUAUAAAGCGAAUGGGCUCAGACCCUUCAAGAGCCCAAAUGGGAGAAUGAUACCUGGAUGAAAAACAGGCCUGGCUUAGAGCUUUGGAGGUGUUACAUGUACGUGUGUGUGAAUGUGUAUGUGUGUGUGUUUUUGCUAGGUUGUAAAUUUGCAAAGCGCUUCCUUUUUUAUAAAUAUAUAUGUGUAUAUAUAUAUGUAUAUGGAAAAUAAAGCUUAAUUACCCCAGAAGCCU